AUGCUGGAAACUCUAGACAAAAACCGGGCCCUGCAGGCAGCUGAGCGCUUGCAGGUCAAACUCCGAGAACGUGGGGAUGUGGCCAAUGAAGACAAGCUGAACCUUCUGAAGUCGGUCCUGCAGAGCCCGCUCUUCAGCCAAAUCCUGAACCUUCAGACGUCCAUGCAGCACCUGAAAGACCAGGGUCGCCAUGUGGAAGUGUUUGAGCUCCUCAAGCCACUGAGUGGAGGUCUCGGGUUCAGUGUUGUAGGACUAAGGAGUGAGAACAGGGGAGAACUGGGAAUCUUUGUGCAAGAAAUACAGGAGGGCAGUGUGGCUCACAAAGAUGGAAGGUUGAAGGAAACGGAUCAGAUCCUUGCUAUCAAUGGGCAGGCACUGGACCAGACUAUUACCCAUCAGCAGGCCAUCAGCAUCCUCCAGAAAGCCAAAGAAAAUGUCCAGCUAGUGAUCGCCAGAGGAUCCUUGCCUCAGCUCAUCAGCCCCAUCGUGUCACGUUCUCCAUCCGCGGCCAGCACCAUUUCAGCUCACUCCAAUCCCGUUCACUGGCAACAUGUGGAAAGUAUUGAGCUGGUGAAUGAUGGGUCUGGACUAGGAUUUGGCAUCAUAGGAGGAAAAGCAACUGGUGUGAUAGUCAAAACCAUCCUGCCUGGAGGAGUAGCUGAUCAGCAUGGGCGCCUGUGCAGUGGAGACCACAUUCUAAAGAUUGGUGACACAGAUCUAGCAGGAAUGAGCAGUGAGCAAGUAGCCCAAGUCCUCAGGCAGUGUGGAAACAGAGUGAAGCUGCUGAUUGCAAGAGGGGCCGUAGAAGAAGCAAGUGCAUCUGCCUCUUUGGGCAUCACCCACUCCUCAUCGUCAUCUACCACGCCAGAGAUGCGGGUUGAUGCUUCAACCAAAAAAAAUGAAGAAAAUGAGACAUUUGAUGUGGAACUCACUAAAAAUAUCCAAGGAUUAGGAAUUACAAUUGCUGGUUACAUUGGAGAUAAAAAAUUAGAGCCUUCGGGAAUCUUUGUCAAGAGCAUUACAAAAAGCAGUACUGUUGAACAUGAUGGAAGAAUCCAAAUUGGAGACCAAAUUAUAGCAGUGGAUGGCACAAACCUUCAGGGCUUCACCAAUCAGCAAGCGGUAGAGGUGUUGCGCCACACAGGACAGACUGUGCACCUGACGCUAAUGAGGAGAGGAGGGAUGAAGCCUGAAACUGAGCUCACGCCGGGGGAGGAUAUUACAAAAGACGCAGUCUUGGCACCUCUUAAUGCCAACACCAGCAAAGAAAAUUAUGCAAAAGAUGAAGACUCUUUAUCCUUGAAGAGAAACACCAACAUUUUACCAACUGAAGAAGAAAAGUUUCCAUUACUGGCUACUGAGAUAGAAGAAAUAGAAGAUGUACAACAACAGGAAGCUGCUCUGCUGACAAAGUGGGAAAAGAUUAUGGGCAUUAAUUAUGAAAUAGUGGUGGCCCAUGUGAGCAAGUUCAGUGAGAACAGUGGGCUGGGGAUAAGUCUGGAAGCAACAGUGGGGCAUCAUUUCAUCCGCUCUGUUCUACCUGAAGGCCCUGUUGGCCACAGUGGGAAGCUGUUCAGUGGAGACGAGCUACUAGAAGUGAAUGGUAUAACUUUGCUGGGGGAAAAUCACCAAGAUGUGGUCAACAUUUUAAAGGAACUCCCUAUAGAAGUGACGGUGGUGUGCUGUCGCCGGACUGUGCCACCCACUGACCAUGCAGAAUUCGAUGGCCUGGAUUUAUGCGAUAUUGAGCUAACUGAAAAGUCUCAUGUAGAUCUGGGCGAGUUCAUCGGGGCCUCAGAGACAGAGGAUCCUACGCUGACAGCAACCGAUGUUGGUCGGAAUACAGAAGAAGUAGAAGGACCUUUGGCCAUGUGGGAGACAGAGGUUCAACACAUAGAUCUGGAGAAAGGAAACAAAGGUCUUGGUUUUAGCAUUUUAGAUUACCAGGACCCAGUUGAUCCCACCAGCACUGUGAUUGUAAUCCGCUCCUUAGUGCGUAGUGGUGUUGCUGAAAUGGAUGGGAGACUACUUCCUGGAGAUCGACUCAUGUUCGUCAAUGAUAUUAACUUGGAAAACAGCAGCCUUGAAGAAGCUGUCCAAGCAUUGAAGGGUGCACCCUCAGGAACUGUGAGAAUAGGAGUGGCCAAGCCUUUACCACUUUCACCAGAAGAAGGCUAUGUUUCUGCUAAGGACGAUGUCUUUCUCUACGCACCACACUCCUGUGAGGAGGAGGGUCUGCCUGACAAAGCCCUCUUCCGGGCUGACCUGGCUCUGGUGAACACCAAUGAUGCUGACUUAGGCAAUGAACCUACAUUUGAGUCUCAGUACCCUCCUUAUAAUGACAGUAUCUACUCCACUCAAGCGUCUGUGGUAUCUCUUCAUGGUAGUGCUUGUGACAAUGACCUCAGCUGUGGCCUGGCUCUUACAUCAUCUCCUCCCAAGAAUGUUGCUGAAAAGUCUUCAGAUCCAGUAUUUGACCUGCAGAUGUCCUUGGAGGAAUUAUAUGCUCAGAGUCUCCUGCAAAGACAGAACGAGAAUAUGCCUGCAGUGGACUUGAGCAUGGGGUCUGCUGCUGGCUUUACCUUAAAUGAUUUCACACCUGCAAAUGCUAUUGAGCAACAAUACAGAUGUGAAAACACAGUAGCUUGGACUGAGUCUCAGCUCUCAAAUGAAGUUCUAUCAAAUGCAGAGCACUGUUCUUCAGUGCUCUCUGAUUCAACUAGAAAGAGCUCUGAGUACUUACUUGAACAGAACCCUCUCGCCUCUCCUGUUGAAUGUGCUAUGCUCCCAAAUGCAUCGAACGGAUCUUUUGAGAGAACUAUCAACAUAGCAAAAGGCAAUUCUAGCCUAGGGAUGACAGUAAGCGCUAAUAAAGAUGGCUUGGGGGUGAUUGUUCGAAGUAUUAUUCAUGGUGGUGCCAUCAGUCGAGAUGGCCGGAUUGCUGUUGGUGAUUGCAUCUUGUCCAUUAAUGAAGAAUCUACACUCAGUUUAACCAAUGCCCAGGCACGAGCCAUGCUGAGAAGACAUUCUCUUAUUGGGCCUGACAUAAAAAUUACUUAUGUGCCUGCAGAACAUUUGGAAGAGUUCAGAAUAAGCGUGGAACAACAAUCUGGAGGAAUGAUGUCACUGGAUAUAUUUUCUUCAUUCACUGAAAGAGACAUUCCAGAACUACCAGAGCGAGAGGAAGGAGAAGGAGAAGAAAGUGAACUUCAAAAUGCAGCAUACAGCAAUUGGAAUCAGCCCCAGCGGGUUGAACUUUGGAGAGAACCAAGCAAAUCCCUGGGCAUCAGCAUUGUUGGUGGACGAGGGAUGGGGAGUCGCCUAAGCAAUGGUGAAGUCAUGAGGGGCAUUUUCAUCAAGCAUGUGCUUGAAGACAGUCCUGCGGGCAAAAACGGAACCUUGAAGCCUGGAGACCGAAUAGUAGAGGUGGAUGGAAUGGAUCUCAGAGAUGCCAGCCAUGAGCAAGCUGUGGAAGCCAUUCGGAAAGCAGGCAACCCAGUAGUCUUUAUGGUACAGAGCAUUAUAAACAGACCAAGGAAAUCCCCUUUGCCUUCCUUGCCGCACAAGCUUUACCCUAAGUACACCUUCAGCAGCACUAACCCAUUUGCUGACUCUCUGCGGUUCAACGCUGACAAGGCCUCUGGGCAGUCAGACUUGGAGCCAGAAAAGGCUCCGUUGUGCAGCGCACCUCUCUGCUCUCCCUCAGCCUUUGCAGAAAUGAGCAGCGAUUGUGCACAGCCAUCUGCAAGCAAAGCCUCAGUGGAUGUGGACAAAGAGGAUGAAUUUGGUUACAGUUGGAAAAACAUCAGAGAACGUUAUGGAACCCUGGUAGGCGAGCUCCAUAUGAUUGAAUUGGAAAAAGGUCGUAGUGGCUUGGGUCUAAGUCUUGCUGGAAACAAAGACCGAUCCAGGAUGAGUGUCUUUAUAGUGGGGAUCGAUCCCAAUGGAGCAGCUGGGAAAGAUGGCAGAUUACAGAUCGCAGAUGAACUUCUGGAGAUCAAUGGUCAGAUUUUGUAUGGCAGAAGUCAUCAAAAUGCCUCAUCAAUCAUUAAAUGUGCACCUUCCAAAGUAAAAAUCAUAUUCAUCAGAAAUAAAGAUGCAGUGAGUCAGAUGGCUGUAUGCCCUGGAAAUACAGUAGAACCUUUGCCUGCUACCUCAGAGAAUCUUCAAAAUAAGGAGGCUGACCCACGUGUUACUCCAACCACCGACCCAGAUGUUGACUUAAGUUCAUUUAAAAAUGUGCAACACCUGGAGCUUCCCAAGGAUCAAGGGGGCUUGGGCAUUGCUAUCAGUGAAGACAGUACACUCCAGGGAGUCAUCAUCAAGAGUCUAACAGAGCAUGGUGUGGCAGCCAAGGAUGGACGACUCAAAGUUGGGGAUCAGAUCUUGGCUAUAGAUGAUGAAGUAGUUGUUGGUUAUCCUGUUGAAAAGUUUAUUAGCCUCCUGAAGACAGCAAAGACUACAGUGAGACUUACCAUUCAUGCUGAGAACCCAGAUCCCCAGGCUGUUCCUGCAGCGGCUGGUACAGCGAGUGUGGAGAGAAAGAAUAGCGCCCAUUCUCCAAUUGUCCCACCUUCAGGCUCCCCUGAACCAGAACCUGUUCGAAGUACAAGCAGGUCAUCAACACCUGCGAUCUUUGCCUCUGACCCUGCCACCUGCCCCAUCAUCCCUGGCUGUGAAACAACUAUUGAGGUUUCUAAAGGACGGACAGGGCUGGGCCUGAGCAUCGUUGGUGGAUCAGACACCCUCCUUGGCGCCAUUAUUAUCCAUGAAGUUUAUGAAGAAGGGGCAGCCUGCAAAGACGGGAGACUCUGGGCUGGAGAUCAGAUUUUAGAGGUGAAUGGCAUUGACUUGAGAAAGGCCACACAUGAUGAAGCAAUAAAUGUCCUGAGACAGACUCCACAAAGGGUGCGCCUGACCCUCUACAGAGAUGAGGCCCCAUACAAAGAGGAGGACGUGUAUGACACCCUGACCAUUGAGCUGCAGAAAAAGCCCGGAAAAGGCCUGGGAUUAAGUAUAGUUGGUAAAAGAAAUGAUACUGGAGUGUUUGUGUCAGACAUUGUCAAAGGAGGAAUUGCUGAUGCCGAUGGCAGGCUGAUGCAGGGAGACCAGAUAUUGAUGGUCAAUGGAGAAGAUGUCCGUAAUGCCACCCAGGAAGCAGUUGCUGCUUUGUUAAAGGUGAGUGAAGGCAGCCUGUCAUCUUUCAACUUUCCACUUUCUGGAUCCAGUACGUCUGAGUCACUGGAAAGUACCUCGAAGAAGAAUGCAUUGGCCUCUGAAAUACAGGGAUUAAGAACAGUUGAAAUAAAAAAGGGAUCUGCUGACUCUUUGGGAAUCAGCAUUGCUGGAGGAGUCGGCAGCCCUCUCGGCGAUGUUCCGAUAUUUAUUGCCAUGAUGCACCCAAAUGGAGUUGCAGCUCAAACCCAGAAACUCAGAGUUGGGGAUAGGAUUGUCACUAUCUGUGGCACAUCCACUGAGGGGAUGACGCACACCCAAGCAGUGAACUUACUGAAAAAUGCCUCAGGCGUCAUUGAAAUGCAGGUGGUUGCUGGGGGAGAGGUGAGCGUGAUCACAGGUCAACAGGAUCCUGCCAAUUCUAGUCUCGCUCUCACAGGGCUGACCUCAAGCAGUGUAUUUCAGGAUGACUUAGGACCUCCUCAGUGCAAGUCUAUUACGCUCGACCGAGGGCCUGACGGGUUAGGCUUCAGUAUAGUAGGAGGGUACGGAAGUCCUCAUGGAGACUUACCCAUUUAUGUUAAAACCGUGUUUGCAAAGGGAGCAGCCUCGGAAGAUGGGCGUCUAAAAAGGGGCGAUCAGAUCAUCGCCGUCAAUGGGCAGAGUCUUGAAGGAGUAACCCAUGAAGAAGCUGUAGCUAUCCUUAAGAGGACAAAGGGCACUGUCACAUUGAUGGUUCUCUCCUGA